CGCCUGCUUUUUUUUUCUUUUUUUUUUUAUUACCAGCAACCAACCCACGCGCAUUAUCUCAUUCCCACUCAGGCAGAGAUAUCAGUUGUUCUCCUCUGCUCUUUCCAGCCAAGUGUUCAAAUAUUUCACAGUAUUUUAAAGACUUCUAGGGAUAUACUGUUUAUUGCGCUGUAUGGAUCUACAUCGCGGACAUCGGUCCUUCUUUUCCAUCUGAAGAUCACAGACUUUCACUGAUGCUGCCGCUGUUGCAGGCUGCGGUUCGUGACGGCUUUAACACCAGCUCGGAGAUUGAACGGCACUGCUCACACGAGUGCCUUUCUGAAAGGAGAACGGUGUGUUGACGUGUUCCUCCUCCUCUGUGGUCACUGGAAGGCAUGAAUGCUCGCUCUGUGUUGCUCCCGGUCAUGUCCCUGUGUGGCAGUAAUGAAACGUUUCCUUCUCUGCACUCCAGACAGGACUAGAUCCCGUCCGCAGAGCCUGGAUGAAGUUUCCCAGCCAUGCAAUGUUCUUGGAAGGCUGUGAUACUGCUAGCCUUGGCCUCCAUUGCCAUCCAGUACACGGCCAUCCGGACCUUCACGUCCAAGUCGUUCCAGCUCUGCCCCGUGCCGAUCCAACAGAACUGCAGUCUGAGUGGCCAGGAAGCGGACAGCCUUUUCGAGCGUGGAUGCGAUGAAUAUACCUACUUUAGUUUCAACACAUCACGCAAGACCCACAUCCUGGUGUUAGCCACCACACGCAGUGGCUCAUCGUUUGUGGGGCAGCUGCUGAAUCAACACUCAGAUAUCUUCUACCUGUUCGAGCCACUUUACCACGUCCAGACAGCUCUGAUUCCUCGUCUCUCCCACAGCCGGAAUGCGGCCGACAGGCGAGUGAUGCUGGGAGCCAGCCGGGACCUGCUGCGAAGCCUCUACGGAUGUGACUUGCACUUUCUGGAGAACUACAUCAAACCGCCACCGACCAACCACACCACAGACAAGCUGUUCCGUCGCGGGGCCAGUCGAGCGCUCUGCUCCCAACCCGUCUGCGAUGCCUUCGGUCCUGCUGAGACAAAUGUAGAGGAGGGCGACUGUGUGAAAAAGUGUGCGACUCUCAACAUGACACUUGCUGCCGAGUCUUGCCGGGAUAAGCGGCAUGUUGCCAUAAAGAUCGUUCGGGUGCCUGAAAUCGGGGAUUUGCGCGCACUGGUGGAGGAUCCGCGUCUCAACCUGAAGGUCAUUCAGCUGGUCAGAGACCCACGAGGAAUCCUCGCUUCACGUAUCGAGACCUUCCGGGACACGUACCGUCUGUGGAGGAUCUGGAGGGCAACCGGAAGGAAACCGUACAACCUAGAUUUGACUCAGUUGACGGUCGUGUGCGAAGACUUUUUGAGCUCGGUUUCAACGGGACUCAGCCACCCAUAUUGGCUUAAAGGGAAGUACAUGCUAGUGAGAUAUGAGGACUUGGCAAGGAACCCACUCCAGAAAACCAAGGAUAUCUAUGACUACCUUGGGUUAUCAAUGGACAAAAACGUAGUAGACUGGAUUCACGCAAACACCAGGGGGAGUAAUGAGCUCUUGACCAAACACAAGUAUGGAACAGUGAGAGAUUCGGCGGCUAACGCUGAGAGCUGGAGGCUCAAACUGUCCUUUGACAUGGUAGACUACACACAGUCUGUGUGCCAAAAGAUAUUACACAGGCUGGGCUAUAAAAGUGUCAAGUCCGCCGAGGAACUGAAAAAUAUGUCCGUCUCGCUCGUGGCCGACAAAGUUUUUGUACCGUUUUUAUAAUAAAGAGAGUUGUGAAUGACUAUUUUUGAUAUAUUUAUAAAUGUUGCCUUAUGAUCGGUGUUAAGGCUAUUGAGUACAUCAUCACGUUAAAAAUUGCACUAAAAUUGUAUACAUUUUUUUCCACCUAUAAAAAAAUAGCACAAACAAUAAUGCAGAGUGCACGUCUACUGUCGCAGUCAGAUCUAACCAGUUUUAUUCACCGAAAACUUCGAAAGAAAACGCAAAGAAAACUGACAUUGCUCGUCCUUUCAUGCCUGGCUAUUGCUUUAAGUGAAUGUCACCAUAUUUUCCCAGUCACCCCUUGUCAUAUUUUUCUCAUCGAUCCCCUGAAAGGAACGGUGAUGCCUCGAUGUGGCCGAGACGACACGCUGUAUGAGAACGGUUGUACAAUAAAUCAUGAAUGUUGCAGUUCACCUUUAAUAUCGUGGUGCGUUUCUGCUUCUCUGAUGUCUGUAAUAGAGAACAUUGGGCCACAGAGGUGCAAUAGUACGGACUUUAAAUGAAUAGAGUUUAGCGGAGGAGGUCUUUUGCGGUUUGUAGUAAGAACGACGUGCUGAAAUGUUAAAAAAACAACAACAACAACAA